CUUACAAUAGGAUUUGGAGUCUAUUUGAAAAUUCACGAGAUAAAACUUGAUAUUCCACGAUUAUGCCAAUUCACCCAGAUUUGACAACUAAUACUUCUGUCACGAGACCAUCUGCAGCUGCUGAUAAACAAUCCAUCCGAUGACGUCCAAAGGCGACCGAGGCGAUUCCGAGUACUUUUCAAAACAUCUUGCUGCUGAGUACAUUUAGCUGGCAUUUCAACAGAACACCUCCAAUGUUUUCACGAUAACGUCUACUUCCUCCUUUCGCACAAGGAGGUCUACUAUCUACAAUAGAAUGGAAACAAGAUUCCUUCUUCGCGCAUGCCAACGUUCUCGAAUUUCUUCUCUCCGCCACAUCUCUCUCGUUCGCAAUGCUUCCAGCUCCACCAAGUCCUCAACUCAGCAAGCAAAUCCUAUAGGUGACUACUAUGCCUCAAUACUAGAUUCGUCUACUCCUACAAUUACCAGCAAGCCACCGACAACCGCUACACCUUCUACCGCGCCCCCAAUAUCUACAAAGAGCGAUGAUGAAGACUCUGGUCCUAGCAUUCUCUUCUCCUCGCGGCUGAGUUCGCCUCUAGAACGAAGAUCAGAAAUAAAGAGAAAGAGUGUGCUGGUAGCAGGAGUAUGGGUCCCUCCGCGGCCGACAGAGCCAGACAAUUGCUGCAUGAGUGGGUGUGUGAAUUGUGUCUGGGAUCGAUAUCGAGAUGAGCUUGAGGAGUGGGCUGCUGCAAGACAAGAAGCAGACGUUGCCCUGAGAAAAGAGAAGGGACUAGAGAAAGGAAGAAAGCGGAGGAAGAGUGGCGAUGGUAUAUCUGGAACAGGCUUGAUGCUCGGCGAAGGAGAAAAGGGAGCAUCACACACCUUGGUCAGUAUGGAUGAUGAUGGAGGCGGCAGUGAGACAAAUUGGGGGACUGGGUUGGAGACAGAUUUUACCAGUGAAGACUUGUUUAAGGGUGUUCCAGUUGGGAUCAGAGAGUUCAUGAAGCAAGAGAAGAGAUUAAAAGAGAAGCAUGCUAGAGAAGGCACAACUGGAUGAUAGAGGCAUAAUAUACCACAUGAACAGAGGCACAAGUAGUGUUGGUGCGAAGGCUUGGUUUGGAUUUUCAGAGCGUUGUAGCAUACCCUUAAAGGGCAACCUGUAUUAUGUGCCUUCUCCUUAAAUCAACGCCAGCAGAAUGCUUUCAGUAUGCUGACUUAGUCGACCUCGACACCCUUGGUUCUCAAAUCCUCUCUCGCCAAAUCGAUUUCCUUCAUCAAUUCUGCAUGUGCCUCUGGUACGUCGUUAAAUGUGAGAACACCGUAUCCGAGUUUAGCUAGGAGGUAGGAGCCGAAGGAGACGAGUGCCCAGAGAGGAAGCUAGAUGAACUAGUCAGUCAAGAGGUUACAGAUGUGGUCAGGGAUCCACGAAUGGUGGAAGAGGGGAGUUCUGGCUCUGCCAUGUGGGAUGCUGGAGCAGCAGAAAUAUGGCGACUGAGCCAGUCGAGACGCCCAAGUCCCACGAGGAAAUGAAGGGUAAU